CAGGCAACUCUCGCGAUACUUGAUUCCUUGGCACGUUUCAGUACGCUGUCUACCCUCAACGACUGGGAAAAUAGGUCAUAAUCCCCGAAAAACUUGUUUUUCUGCAGCUUUCCCGACAUGCCGACAAACUAAUGUUGAGUAUUAACCUGUUUCUGGCACCAGCUCUUGUGACAGGACGGACCGUGAAGAAAACAACAACGAUAACAGGACCCUGACUGUGAUGGUGACGGUGAUAAAGGCGAUGAAGGUGAUGGUGGGGUCGGCAGCCAGAUGAUGAUGAAGAGGGGGAUGAAGCUGAAGGUGAACCGCAGCCAGCUGCUGUUUCUGUCCAGAGAAGAAAGGCCGGGGAACUUCCAGAAAGAAGGAACGCUGCAGGUCGGACGGCAGGAGGAAGCUCUCACAGAGAGGUUCUGCCGGCUGAGGGGAAACCUGCUGUUCAUCCUGAGGAAACAGGCUGGUGAGCUGGAGGAGGUGUUACUGCUGGAGAGGUGUAACGUCAUGAAGCAUCCGCAUGAUGGCAGACGGCUGGCUGUCAGCUUUGAAAGUGGGGACCCUCCCAUCUUCCUGCAGCCCAGCAGCUUCAUGGAGUGUGCGUCCUGGCUCGUCGCCAUGAGAGACGCCAACACCGAAGAGCUGAGGAGACGCGUCAUACACCUGCGCACACUCAUUAACACACACACCCAGCAACUCACACAAAUCACUACAGGCCGCACGGCAGAAGAUGAAAGCCCUGACAGUGGUGGGGGUGCUGGUGGAGUUGAAUCUGUUCCUAAACUAUCUCCUCUGCACCUGACACUGGAGUGUCGAGGUUUGGAUGCCAUCACAGACGGAGUCCAGCUUCACGUUUCUGUCAUCGACACACACACUCACACAGUCAGGAAGCACUGCAGCGCAGAGAUAGUAGAGGCAUCAGAUGAUGGUGUGUUCCUGACAUCAGUGCGCUUUCGUGACGACUUCCCUCUAUACUGUCACAGCAGGAUCAAAGUCACUGUUUCCCACGCAGACGAGUCAACCAUACCCACAACAAGGGGCUUCCUGGGCUUCACCUCGUUCUCCAUCAGAGACCUGCUCAGGUUCAAGGAGCCUCACAUCUCUCUUAGCCUCAGGUCGAUGGAUGGCGUGAACGAGGUGGGGGAGGUGAAGGUGUCCCGUGUGCAGACGGAGGGAGAGAAUGAGAAUCAAACUCCUACUGAUCACAAGUGUCCCACACUGUGUGACAGUAUUCACGGCUCCAUCGAUGACAAAGAAAACAGUCCAAUGCUGAGAGCUGUGCUGUGUGCUCAGGUGUCUAAAGUGUACAGGUUUAAGACAGAGGAUCAAAGGUGGCUGCUGGUCAGGGAGCAGAUGUCAGAGACGCCGCUCUCUUUCUCUUUACCCAAACAGCUACUGAGCUUGCUCAUACAGGAGCAUACAAACAGAAUCCAGGAAGUGAAGGAACUCAGUGACCUUUCACCCCACUGGGAUGGCCUUCGGCACGAUGUCAUCACCCACUGUAACCACAUGAUUGGCUGCUAUCAGGAAACACUUGCUGAGCUCGAAAAAGUCCCAGCUACGUCCUGUUUUAAGUCCAGCACCAGUAAAUCAGACAGACACCUUCAGUUUGUUCCAACCAACCUACACUCACAGAGGAUGGAGGUCACCGGCCCCGACAGCACAGGUGUGUGGUAUGAUGUAAUAACUUUUGGUGCUCCGGCCGAUCAUCACCAGGCCUUCAAACACGGAGGGCUGAAGAAGCUUCUCAACAAACACUCAAACCUCAGGGAAAGCUGUGUCUCUUACUCCCAGGAGGAGAGCUCUAGAGCCAAGGAGCUGCUGGCAGGGAUGGCCCAGCUGCAGCCACUGGUCUUCGGGCUCGCUGAGGAGCUGCUCGCCAUCUCCCAGGAGCAGAACGCCACCCGGCUGCGGCAGGUCCUGGACAGCCUGACUGAACAGGCCGAGCAGUUUGUGCAUGUGCUCAAAGAGGAACUGGUGAAAAGCGCCCUGCUGGAGAUCCAUAACCAGUGCAUUGCAAACUCCAACACCAGCCACGUCCACAGCAACGGGCUGCUCUGUGAGAACUGUCCGGCCAGUCAGGGGGGGCAGCAGGAAGUUGGCCCACAUGACACGGAAUAUGACGAGGAGGAGUGGGACAGGGUGUGGGCCAAUGUUGGAAAAAGCAUCAACUGUAUUAUUGCCAUGGUCGACCGACUGCAGGAGCAAGAACAGCACCAUCAGACGGUGACGUCGCCAGAGCAGCAGGAAGCUGCUGGGGAGACGAACUCUCAGAACACAGCCUCUCGCUCGUCCAUGUCCUCCUCCUCUUGGUGCUCCUGGCAGGAGCACCUUCUCCCUCUGGUGGUCACUCUCAGGGACUGUGUGCGUGAGGCGGUGGGGAAGGCCCGAGUUGCCAUGACUUUUGUGGUCCUGCAGGGGGCAGUGUCUGGGACGGUCGCUCAGGGGCCUCCACAGAUAGCACAGAGACGUCACGCUGUCUUCAGCCAGGGGCUCUCAGCAGUAGUGUGUGGCUUCAUGCUGAAGCUGUAUGGGGGCCUGGAGGAUCCUGACUUCCUGCGACAGCUUCACACUGUAGGAGUCUUGGCUCAGUUUGAAAGCCUGCUGAGCACCUAUGGUGACGAGGUCGGUAUGCUGGAGGACAUGGAAGUGAGUGUGGCCGACCUAAACAGAGUAGCAUUCAUCAUCACCGAGGCCAAAACAGAGCAACUCGAAGACCUGCUGCCAACACUCAGUGGAACAUGGGGCAGUUUUAUUGUUGAGGUCCCGUUGCCCCCGGAGAUCUUCAGUUCACUGCCCCAGGAACUAAAAGAUGGACCGUUGAUACGAGUCGAUCCCGUUCUGUUCAAUAUUGGAAUCAACCAGCAUCAGAGUCUGGCUGAGAGGUUUGGUGACAGUUCUCUGCAGGAGAGGCUGAACCAGCAGAGCUGUGAGCGUCUCAGAGCUUACUGUAACGCACUGAGGGACAGACUGCCUGACAUGGCUGGUAUCCAGUCACUGGCAGACUUGAUGUCUUCUCUGGAGCGAAGUGUGGAAUCCAAGAAGAGGAAGAACGUCGAGGUUCUGUGGAUUGCUGCUAUGGUGUGUCGUAAGGUGAACGGCGUGCGGCUGACGAGCUGUAAGAGUGCGAAGGACCGGACAGCGAUGUCGGUGACGCUGGAGCAGUGCGCCUUACUGCGGGAGCAGCACACACUCAGCCAGCAGAACUUCAGCACCGCGCUGGACUGCAUGAGAAGAUCCCGUCUGUCCUGGGGGCAGAUGCUGGGCUGUUACAUCCAGUCAGGGUUCUCUGUCUCUGGGUUAGAUCCAGGGGAGAAUCCCUCUGGUCUCCCACAGUGUUUGGCCCCCAAAGCUCCCAGACGGCACCUUUAUCCGGUGGCCUUCCUCUUGGUGACCUCUCACCUCCUGGUUCUUUGGCUCAUCCUCAGCCUCGUUAUACUGCUGGCAAAAUACCAGUAGACUGGCACAGACUGGGAACACUGGGAAUUGGACUACAUGGAUAUCACUGCUACUCUUACUUUUUCUGUAAGGUUUGUUCAGAAGAGGCAGGUCCAUGAUAUUUUAUUCCAUCUAAGGAGGGCUGCUUUCUCCUGCUCGGAUUGUUGGAAUGUUUUAUUCACAAACGUGAUACCAAAGACUAAAACACAGUCAACCAGUAAGUUUUCCCUAAUGUACAUCCCACAUUGGGGCCAUUUAGUUACAUUUGUAGGGACAUAUUCUUGCUUAUUUAUAGCUGUAUAUGUAUGCAUAUAGUCAUAAGAGCCCUUAUUAAAAAUGAAAAGUGAAGUAGAUCUACUUUAUUAAUAAAAUGAAAUGUUUACAAUGGGCUCAAGUGUUGGCUCAAUAGUGUGCACCACUCCUUAAAGUCUGCACUACUUUUCUUCCCUGUCACACAUCAUUUCUUUGGCAAACAGUACGCCUGUUACACUGCUUAUGCUGUUUAGAGACCAACAGAGGAGCGAGUGUUGGAAAGUUUGAGAGAAACAGUGUGCUGCUUAUUUCUGUCAUGGCCUUUAAAUUUGUGCUUGGACUUUAUAAUUACAUGAUCACAACAGUUUGAGACUGAGGAAAGGUCGACAGUGCUGUUGUUUUGUUUUGUUUUAUUCUGACCUUUCAAGUUACACUGAGGAGUAAUAACAUAAUUAAUUUGUAUUCUAUUGCUCUAGGAUAUGAUUUAUUCAACACUGCAGUACAUAGGCACCAGAAUGUCUCAUGGAGGGCUUGUUCUUAUUACCAGAGGUGAAUGUGGAGUGUAAAUAUUCAGUGGUGUAAAUUUUAAAAUACCCACUGAACUAGAGCA